AUGUUGAAGAUCAACCCCGUUCAGGUCGUCCAAGGUCAGCAACAAGAGUACAGGAACCAGGCUUUAAAACAUCCAGCUGUAACGGCCAAUCAAAUUGUAGCACAUCUGUGUCAGACUACUGGUGUUCGAGUUACCGAUGAACCAAAGUCGGUGAUCUGGACCAGUAGGAACGGCCAGGACUUGGUCGUGGAGGACUCGUCGGGCUCCUUGACUAACAUCGCCGUGGGGAUUGUCACAGACGUCCAGUAUAACAAUGAUGUCGGCCGCCUCAUCUACGCUUUGAGUUCUGGUAGCAUCUCCGCAAUUCUACCCAAUGGCUCGGACCCUGUGCUGUUAGUCGACUUGGGUACAGAAGUAUUUGGAAUAGCUGUCGUAUCGGCAAACACGUACUUCUUUGGCAACGAGCAGUUGAGGAAGUACGACAACGGGGUCACCAUGGUGAUCAACUCAUCCUUCUCAAGAGGGUUCUUCAGACUUAGUUACAAUCCAACGGAUGGGUGUGUCUACUUCACUUCCUUAUCCUUCUCGCUUGCCCUGUACAGGGCCAAUAGUGAAGGGGAUGUCGACACUGUCCAUCAAUCCACCAUUGGAGGUAAUGGGUUGUCUGCGAUUGCAAUAGACGUAGCAGGUAGGUAA